GGCCACUUUUCUCAUCUCUUGUGGUGAAGAUGGUGAAGAUGGCACUCCUCCUCUGUCUCGCCGCAUGGUGCCUUGCUCUCGGGGCAGCGGCGCCUCACAACCCCCAGCCGCCACUUCAGGCUUGGUCGCGGGACAGCCCCUCCGAGGACCCUUUAGUCCCCUCCUUCGCCCAAGAUGACCGCGUCGAGCCCCUCGUCAGGGAGCGGCGGCAGACGGCGGGCCUGAAUGCCGAGAGUCUCGCCCUCAGACACGACAAUCCAGUUGGUGAGCCGUUCCAUGGCACUCACGUAAACGUGGACGAAGGAACCAAUUCCUUGCACUACGGCGGCGGGGUCGGCGCUGUCCUCGGCAAGUCUCCCGACGGGCGACACUCCUUGGGCGCCGCGACGUACGGCCAGCAGUCGGUCUUCGGCGGAGACAAGUUGUCGUUCACUCAUCCCAACCUCGGCGUUGGCGUCGGCUACAGGUACAACGGCGACAAAACUUCUGUCGCUCUCGGCGCCCACGCUCAGUCGUUCGGAGGAGGCGUCUCUGAAAAAGGAGCAUCCUUGAACCUGGAACACCGACUCAAUGACCGACACUCACUGUUCGGCGGCAUCUCUCGGAGCAACACCGAUUAUUCAGGAUUGUUUUCACGCACGGACACAGACGCCAAAUUGGGUUACCGCUACAACAUCAACGACAGAACUUCCCUCAGCCUCACCGGAACGCAUAGCAAUUCGGAUUUGGGGCCAUUCGGAAGUCGUUCUGGCCAGACUUUCAGGCUGGGCUUCGGUUCCAACUUCUGAGUUCUUGCUUCAAGAUCGAGGAGAAAUUUGCUUACUUGAGUUUCUUUUGCAAUGUAUUGGUGCAAUUUGGUCCUUCUGAGUCAAUAAAGAUGGUAAACAAA